AUGGAAGAAAUCAUUGAAGAGCCGUUAUCCAUCGAAGAAUUUGAGACAAAAUCUGCUACAUGUAAAGGAAAGCAACCCGUUAUCAAACUGCAAAACGAAUUUCCGUGUGGUUCCUAUCCACAAAUAAUCAAAAUCGAUGGCUUAAACCAGUUUUACCAGCUUAACAGGUGUACUGGUUAUGUUGGAGAAAAACACAAGUGCAAAGCCGUAAAACAAAAUCCUGUCUAUUUCAAAGACCCAUACAGGGGCGGCUGCAUUAAGAUGUUCAACGAAACACAAUGUCAAAGAGGAUGUAAAAGAAAACUACAGUGUUCGCCUACCCAAACUUUUACUGCAGCAUCUUGCAGUUGUACUGCUAAGAAGUAUUACGUAAAGUGAAAUAACUAAUUAGUACAAUUGAAACAAAUUUUACAGUAGGGCUUUCUCGCUUAAGGAAAUUCUUGCAAUGAAAAAGAAGAGGAAAAAAAAAAAACCAGGAAAAAUUAAGAUACUGAAUACUGAGAAAUAAGAUAUUUCGUGAGAACGUAGAAGUGACUAAAAUAUUCUAAUUGGUCCGCCUCUUUCAAUGCGCAGAGACUGUAAUGGUCUCAUUGUUUUAAAUUUCUUUCAAAAUAAAUUAACAUUUUUGACCAAUGAACAAAGAGCGGAUUUGCCUUAGAGUAAUAACCUCCUUUUUUCACACAUAAUCAUGUACUUUACAGAAUUCUUUAUUUGCGAUUAAAUUGCCGAUAGGAAAAUUGGUUAAAUUA